CGACGAGCGGUCCCUCAGCUGCCACAUUUUAUUUCGGAACGGUUGGUGGUCGGCCCACAGCGGGCGGAGGCCCCAGCCUGACUGAGAGAGGAAGUCACGUGGCUGUAGCCUGAUCCGCCUCAGGGGAGGCUGCGGUCACGCGCCGCGCUCUCUGCCCCUCUACCCCGCUGGGCCGGGCCGGGGGCGGAGCUAAGGAUGGCGAAUUCCCCCAGGAGUGCACACAAGAGACUGGGAGAAAGGAAGCAGUCUGGAGAAACAGGAUUCUGGCAUGGCAAAGGGCCAAAUUUUCAAAAAACGACUUCAGAGUUUUGCAUCAGAAUAUGUAUCUGCUUGUGCAGUCAGCUGCAUCUGAAACUAUGGAGCUGCAUUUGCAAAUCUGGGCUGGUGGACACUGGAGCUGACGUUACAGUGAUUCGCAAUCCGGAGUGGCCGGUCAGUUGGCCAACAGUUCCUUCUAAAGAGUUGUGGGGGAUCGGGGGUAGUAAACCCGGACGCCAAAGUUUGUCUUGGGUCACGGUCUCUAAACCAGGAGGCUGUGCCCUUGCUACGAUCCGCCCUUUUGUGCUCCCUGUCCACCUCAAUAUUUGGGGCCGUGACUUACUUACAAAGCUGGACAUCACCCUCGAUAUUAAUAUAUAAUGGCCCAAAACCCUCCCGCACCCACCUUGCCCUCCGCAUUACCAUUGGUAUGGCAAUCCUUAGAGCCCGUAUGGAUUGACCAGUGGCCCCUCCCUUCAGA